CUGCUUGUCAAAAAGCGAAGAGCGCGAGCGCGUUCCGUUGGCGUCACGUGACGCGGGCCUCGGGGGUUUCCCUCCAACCCUGGCUUGUUGUUUUUCGUUCUCUCCGCCCUCUCCCCUCGCACGUGACUUGAGGGAGCGAGGAAUUGGAUCCGGCGGCGGCGGCAGUUGCAGCAGCAGCGGCGGCGCUUGCGAGAAGGGUUAGCUGCUGAGGCCGCGUCAACGGUUUGAGGUAGCCGGAGGGAAGGCGGAGAGGUGCCGCGAGGCGAGCUUGGAGUCGAAGAAAUGGAGGCGCGCCGGUAAGCGUUGCUUUCGAGUAGAGGGCGGGAGAAGGGACAAACCUCCCCAGGCGCUCCAAAGCGCCUCCCUCGUUACCAGGGGCAACGGGGCCUUCCUUUCGCCACCUCGCCGGCUGGGAAUAACCGACACCUUUUCUUUGAACCCCCGCCCCCCCCCGCCCGAUUAACCCGGACUUGGAGAUGAGCUUCGGCCUUCUCCGCUCUUUCUCCCUAAUACAUAAUGCAGGGGAAAUGUGCGCGUGGGUGGGCAGCCCUUGCAGAGUGUUGGAAAUUGCCAUUUGUGCUUCUGCAUUUAUUUUGGGUGCAUGGAUCGGUGGGGAAGAGGGGAAUUGGAUACCGCGAAGCCUGAACGAGGAGGAGGGGGAAUCUUUUCAUAGCCUCUUACACGCCACACCGGAAAACCCCUAGUGAGUUACAUCAGUAGCUACUACCUGGGAUGUCUGUAAACAAAACCUCCAUGUGCUGGAGCAGUCUACGUCAGCGGUAGAUGCUGUGGGUUAAUAAAGGUGCAGGCGUGUUGUGGGGGGCGGGAAGGACCAGGGUUCUGCUUUUGUGGCUUCCUGGAGAAGCUUUCUUGACUGCUUUUGGAAAUUGGGAGCGUUGGAUCAGACCAGCAGUGGAGGGAACUUGUACACCUCCAGAUUUUCUUGGCCUCUGCACUCCCAUCACCCCUCAAAAUUAUUGGCCAUGUUGCUGUGGCUGGUGGGAGUUGGGCCUCAGAUUUCCCCACUUUGGGGGUUAAGUAGAUAUGUCAAGAUAGAUCUUGUACCCUUGCUGGUGUCUUUUGGACAACAGCACAAUGAGGCUUCCCUAUACUGAGACAGUGUACCUCUGAAUACUAGGGGCAAGUCCAGAGGAUACAGCCAGGCAUCUAUCUGAUCUAUCAGUGUGUGAGAAUGUUGAAGCAGGUGGACUUUGUUCAGAUCCUGCAAGGCAAUUAACCUAUUUCUGUGUUCCAAAUAACUUUGCACUUGCAUUAGUUACAUUUCCUUAGUGUCCAGAGCAUGCCACACAUGUUAUUUCAAUCAUUCUUUUAGUCAUAAAAUGUGAGCUAGUGGUUUUAUCUCUGUAUUCCAAAUUAUGAGGUGGUUGUGGUGAAGUUGAAGGGUGGGUUGUUCAAAGGCCACCUUCUAAGUUUAUAUGAUUUAAACUUUGGACUUCCCAGCUUUGCUAAGCAGCACAUCAUGCCAACUUUUCUACCUAAACUUGAGCUUAGCUUUGCUACAGUGAACCUCACUUAGAUAAAGGAGGCGGGUGGGGAGUGACUAAAUGCCAGGAAACAAUAAAGAAAAAUUGGCCUGUUGUUGCCAUGGGGACCAGAAGCAUUCAUUCCAUUAACUCUCUGGAAACUGAAAUAAGUUUUAUAAAUAAAGGAAUGCUAUAUGUGAAUGUCUGGGCUACUUGGAUCUUGCAGACCUAAUCCUGUUAUUGUGCCAUUGCACUGACAGGAAAGUGGAUGGGUUUUGUUCUAACACUCAAUCUGAUGCUGUCAAGACAGAGCAGAACAGAGUGUAGUUCUUAGCAUCUAUCUGCCUCGAGAGACAAUGGAAUGUGUCUCCAGGGGUGAAGUCAAACCACUAGAGAGUCACAGCGCUUGCUGUGGCUGCAGAGACUUGUAACUGUUGCCUCCUGCAUUGUUUUUGCUGCGUUAGCGGCACUGAAGUAAUCUCUCCGGGGUGCCAACCUGGGCAGUGUGUAUGGAGGCUUUGGGUUACCCAGACAACAAGAACCCACUCUUGGCCUUGCUGAUGUGGUCCAAAGGGAAGCAUAGCAAUACAUUUGGCACCAGCUUGAGCUGUAGGAGUUGCUGGAAAGAGGCAUACAAGACAACUGUCUUAGGGACUCCGCUCCGGAUUUGUGUAGGGUUUACUCCUUAGCCUUUUCUUCUCCCAAGGAUUUCCCACAAGACAGCGGGUACAGAUUUUUCCUUGGGGUUUACUCACAAAGCAACGGGUGGGGGAGUCAUUUGAAUGUGUAAGAGACUUUUGUAGCAGGUGCCCCCAAGGACAUGACUCACACAAAUGUAUUCUCCAAAGCAUGUUGUUUGUGUGCAUCUCACUUUCUGUGUCAUGGGGAAACAAAGUACUAUGUUACUGCUGUAUAUUGAACAGUCAGUCGUUCAGCGGUGACAUCUCCAGUUGAAGAUAUUUUAUUUGGGGACUGUUCCUCAUCCAAGCUGCCGCAAUUGGCUUUUUCUCUCAUCACUAUUUAGAGGACUUUCUGUCUGCCAGUUUUCACUCUAGAGAGUGGAUCAUCUAAUACUUUGUGUAAUAAUUUUGCUGAUUAUCUUCUAUUGGCAUAAAACAUUUGCAUCCACAAUCUGUCAGAGCCCAAACCAUGUCUAUUGGUUACUGCCAAUCCCAAAAAAAUAAGAGUUGCUUUGUUGGGUUAAGAACAAAUGCUUAUGCUUAGCACUCUGUUCCCAAAUGUGCCCCGAUGAGUGCUCAGAGAGGGUGUAAUAGUGACUAAGCUUUUAUUGGUUGGUCUCUGCCAACUGGUAAGGACAAGCAUGCUUUUUCUGAACACGGAGCUUCCAUUUCUGCCUGUUAUGGCUAAUAUUUUUGGGCAUGCAUGUUCUCUAUGAGUUUAAUGCUUUUCUGAAAUCAUUUGUUUAGUAGCAAUUACUACAUUUCAUGACAUCCAACUGUGUAAUUGAGUUUUGUGUGGAAGAAUUAUUUGCUUGGACAUUCAGAGAUCUCAUCCAGUUACAGCAGGAGUGGGGAACAUUUGGACCUCCAGAUGUUGCUGAACUACAGCUCCUAUCAGCCCUGGCCAUUGGUCAUACAUGCUAGGGCUGAUGGCACUUGUAGUUCAGCAGCAUCUGGAGGGCUAGAGUAUCCCUACCUGAGUUAAAGGGUACAGUCAUUAUUCAGUACAGCACCAGACCUGCCAGACAGGCCUCAUUUGAAACAUAGCCCAUGGAGGAACAAAAAUUGUGUGUUCACCUGUGCUGUUUUUUGUGGCUGGAAUUUUCUGAUUUUGUCUUUUAGGUAGAAAUAUGAAGAUACGUCUUUGGAAAGAAGUUUCAGAGUGUUAUCUACAUGCCACGGAUCUGGAGUCGUUUGGGUCUGAAUGCUAGCAGAUCGGCAUUUGUAUUCAGCAGAAGGCUGGAGCAUAUGUGUUCAGUGUUUUUUGCAUUAUGUCAGUUCCCAGUGAGGGAAAUUCUCUGAUGUGGAGUAACAUAGCCCAGACUGACCUUUCCGGCCAAUGUCACAAUGAAACUGAUUCCAUAAAAGUUGCUCUGUUCAGAAAGUUCUUUCUUUCUUUCCUUCACGUUUGGCUUGAAGCAGAGUUGUGCUGCAUAAACUUCAAGGGCCACAUGCUAACCUGCAGUGGUGUGGCUAUGGGAUGAUGAUUCUUCUCCUCUUAUGAAAGCAGAGAUUGUUGCGUUGUUUUUCUUAAAACGCAGGAAUCUAGCAUAUCUAUUAAUUUCUGCAUUUGGCAUCCAUCUGUGUGUGUGUGUGUUUUCCAGUGGUGAUGCCCUCAUGUAUAUACUAGUCCAGACUUUGGCCUAGACUGUUGGAAACCAUGCCAUGAUAGCAACUACAACGUAAGUCUAGCCAUGACGGAACCCCACAGGGUCCAGCUCACCUCUCUGUCUGGUCCACUGAGCACCACUUUACUGAAAAAGCCUCGCCGGGAGGACAUCACAGGAACAGAGCACCCCCCGGAAUCUGAACCUGCGGCUGCAGCAGUUCGCAUUGCCCUCACCCUUUUUGAGCCAGAUCACAAGCGCUGUCCAGAGUUCUUUUAUCCAGAGCUGCUGAAGAAUACACGAGGGAAAGGGAAAAGCAGUUCCACGGGAGAAAAGGUAUGUUGCACAUUCUUUAGCUGUGCAUUUCAAAACCCCCACAACAAAGCUUUGAGAUCUCUUGAGAAUGGUGGACACUUGGCUUGACAGCAGUAUAUGUAAAAAAAAUCUAGGGGUCUUAGUAGACCUCAAGCCUUAACAUGGGUAAAGAGUGUGAUGCAGCAGCAAAAAAAAUUAAUACACUUCUAAGGUGCAUCAACAGAAGUAUAGUGUCCAGAUCAAGGGAAGUAAUAGUGCCACUGUAUUCUGCCUUGUCAGACCCCACCUGGAGCACUGUGACCAUCCAUCCAUCUUUUUAUUUGUAUUCCAAAUUUCCAUAGCCAUAACCAUGCUCAAGGCGGCUUACAACAUGGGGGGAAUCAAAAUUGCAAAUGUAACAAGGCUAGCUAUGAAGAAGCAAACUGUCAAAAAGUACACAACCAAACUAAACAAUUUCCACAUAAUAAAAUCUAAAAGAAAGAUAUGAAAGAUUAAUAUCAAUAAUGGCAACCCCCCUCCACCACAAACAAUACCCCAGCCCAGUUCUGAGCACCACAGUUUAAGAAAUAUAUUUACAAGCUGGAAUGUGUGUGGAGGAGGGCAACCAAGAUGAUCAGGGGUCUGGAAACAAAGCCUUAUGAGGAACAGUUGAGGGAGUUAGGUAUGUUUAGCCUGUAGAAGAGAAGACUGAGGGGUUAUGGCGGCCAUCUUCAAGUGUCCUUCCUUGGAGGUUUUUUAAACAGGUUGGAUGGGCAUAUCUUACUGGGAAGAUAACAGAAAAUCUAUAAGAUAUUGAUGGAUUUAAUUAUUAAGCAAAUCAAAUGAGAUGGGAAUAUAAUUAAUCAAAUAAGAUGGGAAGGAGAACUGGGAUGACUUAUUUUAGAGAAGCAAGGGAAUAAGAUUUGUAGUUAGGUGCAUAGUUCUUCACUAAGUUUAUCAAGUACAAAGGCACAAUAUAAGUCAUUGUUGAGAUGGUAUUUGACACCUGCAAGACUCAGUAGGAUAUAUUCAGUAAAUCAAUUUAAAUGCUGGAAACAUACAGUGUGGAAUGCACAUUUGUUGCCUAUGUGGUGGGCUUGCCUGAGCGCAGCUAUCACUGACAUAAUAGGGACUAUAUUGAGGCCCACUCCAAUGCUGGUUUUAUUCAGUGUAAUUUAAGAUGAGAUGGGGAAUAGAUUGAAACUAUUGUUUAUGUAUUCUGUUGAUAGCAGACAAUAUACUGUGGGCUAGAAAAUGGAAGAAUCAAGAAGCUCUCUUUGAGUGGGAUUGGUUAAUAACAUGUCUGGAAUUGGCAGACAUUUGUUUAAAAGAGGGAAGGCAGUUUUGUAGAAGGUUGAUUUCUCUGGAAGAAUAAGCUUUUUACUUGAAUUUUGAAACACAAAAUAUGGAUAUAGUAAGGCUUUGUCAAGGAUGGCUGAUGCUAAUAUUUGAGCUGGGACUAAAACUUGAAUCUCUAUGGUCUUCAGAUACAUUCUUGCUGCUAAACAACACUGAAAAGUUUGUUUACAAUUAUCAUUUUUUGGGCACAUACUUGACAAAUUUCUUUCCCGUGUGGCUGCUGGGUGUGGUUUUUUGUGUGUGAUUGUGUGUUUUUAGUCUUUUAGACUGGAAGCCCAAGGGCAAGCUCUCCUGGUUUUGUCAAUGCGAUCUCCUACAAGCAUGAACCAAGUCCCCACCUUUGCAACACACCGCGUCUACAAGCAUGAAUCUCCACUGGAUAUUCCAGACUCUCUCUUGGCCCUUAGAUAAAAGAGGCAUCUCUGUGAAACAGUGUGAUAACUGAUUCAAUUCUGAUGUUGUUCACCUCCCUUUUUGCUUCCCCGCUACAGAAAAAAGACCUUGCCGAUCCCUUCAAUGAUGAGGAAAAGGAGAGGCAUAAAGCAGAGGCGCUUGCCAGGAAGCUUGAAGAGAAAUAUGUACGUUUCUUCAUUGUGGCUAUGUACCAGAAUGAAGUCUUGGUUUUAGCUUUCUUCAUAGAAAUGUUGUCUUUAACACCAGGGUGAUUCUUGUGUUUAUAUUCAUGUUAGGAGUGUGUAUACAACUAAGAACUGCUAUGGUAAUUACUAUGGGCUGGUGCCUGAUAAAGUGAUGUGUGCAGCACCAGUAUUCAGGGAAUAUGAAUAUUUACAUCUCUCCCUUCCUUCAAAAAGCUCAUGGCUGUGUGCAUGGUUCUCCCCUAUCCAUUUUAUCUUCACAACAAUCCUACUGGGUAGGCUGAGAUAAGGAAUAAUGACUAGUGGAAAGUUACCUAGUGAUCUUCAGGCUGGUUUGUUUGGGCUGUGGGAUAUGGGAAUUCAGGUCCAGGCUUCCACAUCUGCCCCUGCCACCAGCAGGAGGUUCUGCAGGUGACAGGUUUAGCAAUGGAAGUGUAUUUGAUCCAUUGGACCAAAGAGCUUCUAUGAAUGGUUGCAAUUGGGGGGGAGGGGGACCAAGAAGAAGAAGAGGAGGAAGAAGAGUUUGGAUUUGAUAUCCCGCUUUAUCACUACCCUAGGGAGUCUCAAAGUGGCUAACAUUCUCCUUUCCCUUCCUCCCCCGCAACAAACACUCUGUGAGGUGAGUGGGGCUGAGAGACUUCAAAGAAGUGUGACUAGCCCAAGGUCACCCAGCAGCUGCAUGUGGAGGAGCGGGGAAGCGGACUCUGCUCCCCAGAUUACGAGACUACCGCUCUUAACUACUACACCAUACUGGCUCAAAUACACAAUGGAAGUGUAUUUAAUCCAUUGGACCAAAGAGCUUCUAUGAAUGGUUGCAAUUGGGGGGGGGGACCAAUGGCUAAAAUGUUUUUAUUUGGAAUAAAGUUAAAUUGAUAUUUUAAUCUACACCUUGACAAUACCUGAUGGAUGUUUAUUUUUAUAUGUUUUAUUACAAGUACUGUGUAUGUGUGUUUUAAAUUCUAUUUCCCCUCUCUGAUUAUUUAUAUGGGGUUAUUGGAUUGUUCUUGUUUUUAUUUUGAUUAUGUAUUUUGUGUUUUUAUGUUGUGAUUUUAGCCUGUGAACCGCCCUGAAACCUGUGGGUAUAGGGCAGUAUGUAAAUUUAAAUAAUAAUAAUAGCUUGCCUUCUUUGGGGCCAUAAGGGGUAACCAUCAGCCUUUCUUGUUUCAGGGUGGAAAGAAGCGCAGGAAAGAUCGUGUCCAGGACCUGAUAGAUAUGGGAUAUGGAUACGAUGAAUCCGAUUCUUUCAUUGAUAAUUCUGAAGCAGUGAGUAGCAGUGGAGGGCUCUGGUUCCCAACAAUAAAGCAGGUGAUGAAGCUGUCUGCCCUAGCAGCAGUGGGUGCUCCAGGUAGGGUGAACAUCCAGGCCACAUCUGCACAGAGACCUGGUUUGGAGGCUGUGUUUCCGGGUUCCAGAGCUAUGUUGUUUUUCCAGCCUGCACAGAGGCCCAUAGCAGGCAUUUGAGCCAUUCCCUCAGUCAUGUCCCUCUGCCACAAAGGCCAAAACUAUUGCUUGUUACUGUCUAGAGCAGGCAUAGGCAGAUUUCAGGCUUGUUGAACCUUUUUUUAAAAAAACUAGAAUUCUGACAUCCACCAACUAGAGCUAAGACUUUGGGUUGUAGCCAAUGUUGGUCAUACUCAGAGUAGACACAUUAACAUUAACAGACAUGACUAAAUUAGGUUUUUUAAUUUCAAUGGGUCUACUCUUGCUUAGAUGUCAGAAUUAAGAAAUAGACUUCUUUUGACCAGGAACUUGUUUUCAGUAGCAGAGUAGGUCAUUCCUUACAUCAGGCAUGGCCAAACUUGGCCCUCCAGCUGUUUUGGGACUACAACUCCCAUCAUCUCUAGCUAACAGGACCAGUGGUCAGGGAUGAUGGGAAUUGUAGUCCCAAAACAGCUGGAGAGCCAAGUUUGGCCAUGCCUGCCUUACAUGCACAUAUUCACUUCUGGUUUUCCUUCAGACUUUCUUGAUUUCAGUGACCUAAUUGGGAGACGGAUUGGUAGAGCAUAAUCUUUCCAUGCAGAGUGUCCCAACUUCAGUCCCCCUUCCAUCUCCAGGUAGGGCUGGUAGUGUUCUCUUGUCUGACAGUAAGAGCUGUUUGACAGUGGAACAGUCUCCCUGAAAUGUGGGUGUGGACUCUCCUUCCUUGGAGGUUUUUAAGCAGAGUUUAGACAGCCAUCUGUCAGGGUUGCCUUAGCUGAGAUUCCUGCAUUGCAGGGGGUUGAACUAGAUGACCUUUGGGGUAUCUUCCAACUGAUUCUGUGAAAGCCUGGAUAAGCGCUACCAGUCAGUGUAGAUGAUACUGACCUCGAUGGGCCAGUGAAAUGACUUGGUGUAAGGCAGCAUCUUAUCUUCCUGUGAUUUCUAGGUCAUCUUCAGGUUCAUUCUCCUGCAUGUGCCUUUUACUCUGUAGACUCUUUGGGUCUUAAAUAUUGCAAUUGCAUGGGGAAAUAAAUUAAACAAUUCACAGUAUUAAACAGUUGCCAUUUGGAACCCCUCCCCAACCUACUUCAAAUUGCCCAAUGAUUGGUUGAUCUUCCCGUCCUUGUUCUAGAGGACCCUAGGACCUGGGUGCAUGCUUAGAGCUUUUUUCCCUUUCUUUUCUUCCUAGAAGACUGGAUUUUAGCAUACAUGCCUGAAGGGGGGGAAAGGGUUUGGGAGUGGGAGCUGUUGCACCCAAAACAAAACAGGGAAAAUCAGGGCACAAAGCUAGGCAUUAUAGUCAGGGCAGUUAAUAAAGAUGAGGGAAGAGAAGUAAAGCUGUUGCCAAAAUGUAUUUCUGUACAAAAUAAUGCAGCUGUAAGAAUCUGGUGUUUUUGCAUGUCCAAAGUGACUUCAAGGCCAAUUCACUGGAAAAAUGAGCAUGGUUUCAUUGGGGUUCUUUCACAUGUACACCCAUCGGUUCUACAAGAAUGCUGACUGAUCUCUCCUCUUUGCCCCCAGUACGAUGAGCUCGUUCCAGCAUCUCUAACAACCAAGUAUGGAGGCUUUUACAUCAACUCUGGAACUCUACAGUUCCGGCAGGCUUCGGAGUCGGAGGAUGACUUUAUCAAAGAGAAAAAGAAGAAAUCACCUAAGGUCUGGGAAUAAGACGCUCUGGGUGCUUUCUUUUUUAAAUAGAGCCUUCAAUAAAGUAUGGUUUUUGUUGGCUGACAAAAUGUGACUGCAGACGAAGGGGUCAGUGGGUGGAUGUAAUAUUUUGUUACCUGAAAGAAGCUCAAAGGCUGAAAUUAUGUGUGUACUUACUUACCCGAAGCAAAGCAGAAAAUAUAAAAAUAGUAGUUCAGCAUAGAGGACAUAAAGACCUUCAGUGCACUUUUGACAAGUCAGGAAGUAGAUGGUUUAUAAUUUACUCUGCUUGCAGUUCAUACUGUAAGCAGCACAGAGUGAUCCCUUUAAUGGAAGGUUAUAGUGACUGAGGUCACCUCAUAGCUAGUAGGCUUUCCCUCCCUUUAAAAAGAAAUGAAAGUGCUACCUGUGGUUUAUAGUUCAUGGGUAGGAGGAAAUCAAUGGACUUACAUUAGUCACGUCCAUUAAUUUGUUCAGAGUGUUUCUCUGGGUUCCAUCUGCAAUGUACAUUUAAAGCAAUAUACCACUUUAAAUAGUCAUGGCUUCCCCCAAAGUAUCAUGGGAAUUGUUGUUUGUUACGGGUGCUGAGAGAGCUACAGUUCCCAGAGUGGUUUAACAAUCAAUCCCUCUUUUCAGAGAACUUCGUGAAUUAAAGCUCUGGAAUGGGAAUAGUGUUCUCCAAAUCGCUUUCAGCAUCCUUAACAGUUCAUAGGAUGUCUUGUGAGAAGCCAUGGCUGUUUAAAGUCGUAGUGCUUUAAAUGUAUAGUGCAGAUGGGGCCUUAGUUGGAUCCAACUCACUAAUUUCAUUCUGUGGGUGACUUCAUUGAAUCUGGUGGCUGAAAGAGAUGAGAAAUCUUCUCUUGGUCUUUGCAUGACUCUAAGCUGCUGUUCUAGUAGUAGGGGCUGCCUGAGAAAGUGUUUUGCAGCCCUCUUUGGGCUUCGAGACGAUCCUUAACAACCUUAUAUCUUCCUUGCCCUUAGAGAUGCUUCAUCUUUUCCUUUUACCAUCAUGGAGAGUUAAUCACUUGUUAGCAAGCGUGUUCAUGAAUGACUACAUGCCUGAGUGGCACCUUUCUCUCUUUUCAUAAAGGUGCUGCUCAGGCAUGUAAAUCCAUCCAUGAACACUCUUGCUAACAAGUGAUUAAAUCACUUAGUGUCUUCUUAGUACUACGUAAUGACAAUUGUUAAAAUUAUUUAAUCCCCAGAAACGAAAAUUAAAAGAAGGAGGUGAGAAGAUGAAGAAAAAGAAGAAAGAUGAUUCUUAUGAGAAAGAAAAGAAAUCUAAAAAAUCGAAGUUUCCCAAAACUGGGUAAGUCAGCUAUUUGUAUCAAAGUGCUUUUUUUAAUAGACGGGUAUCAUCUUUCUCCUAGAUGGAACUUCUUUUGUGGAUUUAAAAAAGGGAAACUCUAGAAAAACAAUUUUAAGCCUUGGAGUGUGAUAUCUAAAUUAGGCUCAAAUCCUUCUUUUUGCCACCAAUUUUCCAGAUUUGUGUUAAUCAAAUCUCUGUCAUAAACAAACCAGGAAGGUUGUGAGGGUGAGCAAGAUAAGGAUUAUGAAUUAUUUUGCAUGAUGCAGAAAUAAAUGCUAUAGAUGAUUUUAAAAAUGAGUUGGCAAGAAUUUAUUUUGAUACAGAGCUUGUUCAGAUGACCCAGCAGCGAAAAGGGGUCAAAUGGUCAUAAUUUCCUUUGUGAUAGAACAGUAAAAUGAAUAAUGAUUCUAGAAGAAAUGACUCUUAAGUUAUUGACUUCCACAAAUACGCGUACGUUCACGCAAAUAACUUUAUUUCACCUGUCCUCUAAAAUAGCACAAAAAAAUCUUCCUCUUACCAAUUUGCAGUUAGGACAGAAUGUGUCACCUUAUAUAAGCUGCACUGCCUCAAGCAUUGCUGAAGGUUGGAGAGUUUAUAUGAUUUACUCACAGGCUGAAAGUCUGUCUGCAUUUCCCUGCAAGUUCCAUGGAACAUAGUGUGACAUCUGAAAUAACACGUUUAGGAUUCUACCAUAACAAUCAAAUUAAAGUUCAGUGCUUGGGCACUGUUAGGUUGUAGGUGCUCAAAUGGCUGGACAUCUUACUUCCCUCAUAUGUACCAUGUUUCCUUUAUAGUUUCACAGCCCUGAAUGCAAGCAAGGAGAAGAAGAAGAAGAAAUACUCUGGAGCCCCGAGUUACAAGGAAAUGCUGAAGAAGUUUCAAAAGGAAAAGGAAGCUCAGAAGAAGCAAGACGACGAGCCAAAGCUUAUUGUCCCUUCUCUGGCUGAAACUCCAACACCACGGGAAGUGGAAAGCCUGCCCGAUCCGCUCCUCUCUUUCUUUGGCCACAGCAGUGACAAUGAGCUCCUUCAAGCUGCAUCAGCCAUGGACUCCCUGACUGAUCUUGAUCUAGAACAGCUGUUCAAUGAAUCUCCAGAAGAAAGCCCUUUCCAUGACAUGGAAGAUGGGAGUGACCCCCUUGGGAUGGGUCUAGAGCAGGACAUCAAGCAGCCUCUCUCCCUCCCUGAAGGACUUCCAGGAUCACUGGAGAAGCGCAUUGAGGAACUGACACAGGUAACAGCAAAUCAUACCGGAUGUGGCAAGUGAUGUCUCUUGCAGGGUAGACAAUAGGUACAGUUCUUCAUGCUAGGAAGCAGCCUUAGGCAGAGUCAAGAACGCUGGUCCAUCUAGCCCAGUCUUGUCUUCACUUCCUGGCCGUGGCUUUUCAGAGUUUUAGGCAGGGGUUUUUCUUUACUUGGGGCUGCCAGGGAUGGAAACUGACCUUUUGCAUUCAAAGCAUGUGAUCUCCCCUAUAGUUGCUGCUUGCUUCCAUGUUUUGAAGAGGUUCUUUAUGGAAAGUCAGUUUGAAAUAUGGUGCACCCAGGACAGCAGUCGAGGACAGAAGGCCGUCAGAUUCUUGCUGUGGUCUGAUGUGAGGUGGCAUUAUUCAGAGAAGUUGGGUUGUUAAUGAGUGGCAACAGCCAAGCUGGCAUUCCUAGAGCCCAACUGAGCUGGGUGCUUAGGCAGUUGUGAGGUGUGUGUUCACAUAGUGCCGUUCUGAGUUACUUAUUGCAUAGGUUUGUGGAAUAAGUGGUUGUACUGCUACACCUGUGGACUCUGGAGUAAAGUUUGAGGUUUAGGUGGAGAGAAUCUUUGUAUUAUGGUUUCAAUCUAUAGCAGAGCUACCUCUGUUCUAGAUUAACUAUGCAUGUCUUAGAAGGUUAAGGCACCUGAUUCCAGUAAUGAGAUGUGGAAUGAUUUCCAUAACAUUUUUUCCUUAGAAAAAAUCCUUAAAAUGCAUAUUUGCAUCAAAAAUACCUUAAGACCCAACUGUACCCAAAAAACGUAAUAAUGAAUGGCUACAUUGCCAAUCUAAUUGUGCAGUUUCAAAGUUAUAAUUAACUUUUUUCAUAUUGACUAAGAAGCAUAUAGUAAAAAAAAUUUCUCUAACGCACGUACCCAUUAUAUUGAUUUGUGACUGGGAGUUGUUCGGGAUGUGCAUAAAAUUAGAACCAAACGUAUGCAUAUUCCAAGCAGUUUAGCACAUGGAAAAAUUUUAUAGUAAAAUUGUAUCCUUCCCCAUUUUUCCUCCAAGAAUGCAAAGGGCUUUUUGAGAAAAGGCACCUUUUGAAAUUGUAUUCCUCAUUGAACCUGUUGCCUGAAAGGAUGUUUGAGUCUGGAGUAUCACAUUACAAUAAAAUCUAGAUAAUCAAUUAAAUGCAGAUGUUGAAACACAAAUGGCAAAAAGGCAACCCAAGCAGAAGGAUUCCAUGCUGCUUCUGAAGAUGUCCAGACUUUGGGGAACCUUCCAGAGCAGAUUGGGGCUCAGGGGGUAGAGGUUAGGAGAAGGGGGAAGCUCCAUUGCAUUUGCUGGCAUGACAUUGAAUCUCUCCCUCAGAUUUUGGCCAUGUUGUAGAAGUGAAUCUAGGCUUCCAGAACUGCUGGGGGAAAGUUCCAAUGGAGGAAUCAAUUCUGACUCAUUUCAGUGUUAAUAUCGCUGCAGCUUUCUACAGCUUUGGACAUUAAUUUGGUUAGGAGUAAUUGAAUCACCUUUCCUAUGAGGAAAUGCUAUGGGACUGUGACUUCUGUAGAAUAUACUGACUUCCUCCCCCCCCUUUCCCCUACACCCCCCCUGCCCCCGGGUUGACCCUUUUCCUGCAUCUCUGGUUAUUAACUAUUCUGUGUUGGUCUUUUUGUGAACUCCAGGCUGCCAGGGUGGCUGAAGGAGAAGGCAAACACAAGUUCUUCAACCAAGAAAUGAAUAGCAUAUUGUUGGAGUAAGUCACUUUCCCAAAUGUACCAUCCGAACCCUGUGAGCUCAGAGAAUGAAAGUGAGAAUGGUGUUUGCAUAAGGCAGAUGUAGGCAGAAGGUACUAGUAGUUCUCUGGGUGCUUUCCAGUAGAUUAAAAAGGGUUACGGUCUUCCAGCCAUCAGCAAUAGCAGCAACAAUACAACUUCUUUGCUGCUGAAAUCUGGCUGCCGAAAUGAAAAACCCUUGGGGCAUAACCAGGAAUGGUCAUGGCAAGGGCCAGGGGUGUUUUGCCUCAUCUAGGGCACAUCUAAUGGGGGCCCGUUUGUGCCAAUUCAAGGUGCUGGGUCUUAAGCUUCCAAAGCUCUGCUUGACCUCAAAUACUUGAGAGAACUAUAUCUACCAUAGGUUUCGCUCCACGUGUUCAGUCCUAAUAGUGCAAGAGACUGCUAUAUAAAAAUGAGUGGCAACAACCAAGGAAAUCUGCCCAUAGUCCUUGGAAACUCUUGUUCAGAUUAGCUUUUGACUUCUACAUAAUACGUCUUUUAGACUUUGCCAUUACUGUUUGCCACUAAUUUCCCCCCCUUGUUAAUAUAAUUUUUACAUAUCAGUUAUCAUUCAUACAAAGAAACUUCACAUCUUAUACAAUCUUUUUGGACUUCCAUCAGCCCCUCUGAUGGUCUUCCGUUCUUAUCACUUAUUCUGCAUUUAUUAAAUUCCUAUUGCCUUUAAUUAUCUUAACUAACAGUCCCCCUCGUUACCUUUUUUUUUUUUUUUUGCAAUAUUCAAAUAGUCCAGCUUACAAAACUUCUUGCAAACAUACAAGUGUAAUAUGAUCAUCACAAUUACUGUCCAAAUAGUCCGUAAAUUUAUGUCAGUCUUCUGUGAAUCUCUGGUCCCGCAGAUUUCGAAUUCUUCCUGUUAAUUUAUCUAAUUCUGCAUAGUCCAUCAGUUUCAUCCUCCAUUCUUCUUUUGUCGGUAAUUCUUCUUGUUUCCAAUUUUGUGCCAAUAAUAUUCUGAUUCCCGCCCCCCUUGUUAUUCUUGUUUCAUUUGUUUUUAACCUUUAACUUUUUUUAUUUAGAUUUUAAAUUGAAGCUUUUUUAAAGGGCCUUUGCAGUAUUUUACUUUACCAUGUUUUGCUUGGGCUCCCUUACUCUGCUGUCAAAGGGAGGCAUUUGGAUCAGAGCUAAAUAGUUUUGCCUUUUUCUGCCCUCAGUAUAGAGCUGCAAACUCGGGAGUUGAACAGCCAGGUCCGCUCAGGGGUGUAUGCUCACCUGGCCUCCUUCCUGCCUUGCAACAAAGACACCCUGCUCAAACGUGCCCGCCGGCUUUACGCCUAUGAACAGGUGAGUGGUCACGUAAAUGCAGUGCUACUAGUCAGUGUUAGGUAAUUCCCUCCUGAGGCCCCUGAGUGGCGGAUGGGUUCAGAGGCAAAAGUGGGUGGACCAAUAAAUGUCUUAACUUUGUACCCUAAGGCAGUUUUGUCUCACACAUCAGUUGUCAAGCCAAACAAGCAAGAAGCAUAAUCAGAGUUCAAGGACAUCCUCGUCAGGUAAAAACAAGGAGGGUGUGUGGCCUAGGGAGAGUCCCAAGAGACAGAUGGGUUGUAUUUGGCACUCAGGCCCUUGGUGUAAGUGAUAGCGGUGUCAGCCAUAGAAAGAAAUGUCAUAAACUGGAUUUGUGAACAUCUCUUUUUGGGCUCAGUGGCUGCUCAUGGAGAAGGGAAUGUGUGUCUCUGAAUUUCGAUGCCAUCGCCAUUUCUAAUAAGGGAUAAAAGGUUUCCACAUGAGGGCUGGUCUAGAUUUCCCUUUCUUUAACCUUGCAAAAAACAAGUUCUUGGUGAUGAAAAGGGAAUUUUAUUUAUUAAAAUCUUUUUUAUACCUCUUUUCCAAAUAGCCCAAAGUAAUUCCUAACACAUGAAAGAAUAGAGCCAUACAAAACCCACUAUAAAUUUCACAAAAUCAAAGAGCUACAGGUUAAAACAGGAGAUGACCCAGGCCAGCCAAAUGCCCAUCAGAAGAGAAGGGCCUUGCCACUCCACUGGAAAUGUGAUGAGGUAGCUUUCCAGUCUUCUUUAGAAUGUAGUUUCUAUAAUUUUGAAGCCAUGUCUGAAAAUAUUUGGCUCCUACCUCUUGCUGUCUGAACCAGCUCUAAAUAUUAUUAUUAUUAUUCAUUUCAUUUCUAUACCGCUUUAUAUUUUUAAGGAAAAAAUCUCCAAGCAGUUUUCAUUAAAAUGUCAAAUAAAAGAAUCCAGAAGAAAACAUUAUAGAAGAAAGUCAAAUAUAAAGUAUAACAUUCAAAGCAACAUAAUUAACAGGAAGUUAAAUAUGAAAGAUGGAUGGUAAGCAAACUGCAUCUGAAGUCUAGACUUCAUUUAGUGGUUAGGCUUAGAUGAGUAAGUGAGGGGUGUGCAAAAGGAGUGCUUUCCUCUCACAAACAAUCUCACUGCCUAUAUGGGCACAACUUAGCAUGAAUACUGGGUCAGAGUCCUUAACUCUUUGUUUUUCUGCAGGGAGGGCGGAUGAAGGACCCUCUUCAGAAACUCAAGGAAGCCAUUGGCAGGGCAAUGCCAGAGCAGAUGGCCAAAUACCAGGAAGAGUGCCAAGCGCACACCCAGGCCAAGUUUGCGAAGUGCGUUUUCAACUUGUUUUUUGUUUUAGUCCCUGCAUUCCACUCUGUGUACACCCAAAGCUUAUAUUAGUGGGGCGGGGGCAUAUGUUAGAAGUGGAUCCAAUUACCAUUCUGCACUUCAGUGUCCCUCUUCUCUUCUCCUCUCAGGAUGUUAGAAGAGGAAAAGGACAAGGACCAGAGAGAACGGGUUUGUUCAGAUGACGAGGAAGAUGACGAUAAAGGAGGAAGGCGGAUCAUGGGACCUCGGAAGAAGUUUCAGUGGAUUGAUGAAAUCAGGUUGGCAAAGUCAGAGGGGACAAGACUGGGUUUUAGAGCCUUGUUCCCUGGCUUCAGGGAAAAUACACCUGUAUUUGCCUUUCUGGGCAUUACAGCUUUAUUUGUUGCCGAGUUGGUUCAAAGGUAUGGGGGCUGCAGUUUUCACCUAGGUCUUGGUGUGUUUUGAAUUUAAGACCCAGGGUGGGGUAUCUGGUAUGAAGAUGUCACCUGGCUUCAGCAUUUUGGCCUUGGCGUUCAUCUUGAAUUUGAAGCCCAAGAUUGCUGCUAGAUUUAGGACAGAUCUGUUGUCUGGUUCAUAGUGGUGUAUACACUAUAGUCCAAAUACAAGGGCUGAACUUAUUAAGGCUGUGCUUAAAAUAACCUUCCCAAACUGAAUCAAUUGAGGGCAGUCUACACGUGGGGUUGGGGGACAGGGGGCAAAGAGUAUGGUCUGGGUAACCUAGGUAAACUUCCUCCUCUAGGGAUUUGCUCUGUCAGGCGGUGAAAAUCAAGCUGGACGGGUAUGACCGUGAAAAGAACAAGGCUCAGUCAAUGGAGGAUUAUGUGAAGACUUUCCUGGAUGCAGAAGUCAAGCCACUUUGGCCAAAGGGCUGGAUGCAGUCCAGGUGAGAGGGAACAAGGCUGACUAAUCACUGUGUGCUAUAAUUUAGACAUAGCAGAGGCAUCCCCAACAUCCGAAAGGUACUCUAGGCCCCAUCUCUGACCCUAUUGGCAAUGCUGGCUCUGUCCCACAACAUCCUGAGGGACACAGGUUCCUCAACCCUGCUUUCAAUGUAGAGAAGGCAAGCCCACAAUAAUGGUCACUUUGAAUGUCAGGAAAUGGCAGUUCAGCCAUUUUAUUGAUACCUGUAGUUAGGGCUGUGCAAUAAAUUGCCAUACCCUUGAAUACCGGUAUUGACAUAACAUUGUGAUAGUGUUUCAACAAGGCAAUAUACCCAUGAACGAAAGGUUGAAACUUGACAGCUUAUGAGGAGGUAGCACAGCCGAACAGAUACUUUACAUAUACUUUGCAGGCUUUGUUUGCUCUCUCCCCUCCUAUAAGCCCUCACACAAACUCGGAAACUCUUUCAGCUUCACUGGUAUGUUUCUUGCUACUUUCCUCAGUGAGAAGGUAGUCACAUCUCUCCUUGCUUUGUUGUCCCUCCCCUCUCUGAGAAAUAAGGAUAGAAGCCCUUAGCUGCAGCCAGUUUUAAUCCCUAGCAAGCACACAAACCAACUCUUUCAGCAGAACUUCCUGCUCUCAAAAGUCUGAGCUCAGCUAAUUAUGCAGAGCCAGCUAACAAUCCAGGAGCAACUCCCCUGGCUAGGCUAUCAAAGAUCCAGGGGAAAAGUAAACAGGGAAUGUAAACAAAGAACUGGAGAGCACUUCUUCCUUUCUUCCCUCCCACUCACCCACCCUCACUGGUGGAAAAAAGGGGAGGAAGUGUGUUUGUUUCCUCCCUAAAUAGCUUUCCUCUAUAUUAAAAAGGAAGGUUUAUUUAUUUAUUUAUUUAAAGGAGACCAUGUCUUUGCUUGCUUGCCCUCCCUCCCUCCCUUUGAUACGAAGGGAGAGAUUGAUGGGGUGAGGGCUUUUGCAGGGGGUGGGAGGCUUCUCUGUCGGGGAAAUGGAGAGAAGAUUUAACUGGUUGCCUUCUGCUGAAAUGGGAGGUUGGCUAUUGUGUGAGAAUGGUGCGGAGGGUGUUUGUCGGUAAGCAGUGCAAGCAAAUGUGUAUCUACUCACAAGCAAGCCCUACUGACUUCAGUGGGGCUUACUCCCAGGAAAGUUGAAGUUUAGCUGAACUCAGUGGGGCUUAUGCAUGCAUAGAUUCCGCUUAGACCUCUGAGUGGGGAAGCAGAUGCAACUUUACUAGUAAAUCACUUGAACUAUUUUUAAUUUAGUUGAAAAUAUAGUAUAUGGAAGUCAUUUUUAUUAAAUCUACUACUUCCUUACAUUGUAAACCACCAUGGGGAGACGCAGCAAGGCCCCCCACCACUGUCGGGAGGUGCGGCAAAGCUCUCUGCCGCCCCAGGGAAGCGCAGCACAUCAUCCUCUGUGAUGGGGCCCUCCACCACUGUGGGGAUUCCUGGUCAGGCCCUCUGCCUGCAGAUAGGUGCAGUGAGGACCUCCUCCAUCGUGGGGAUUCCCAGUGAAGCCCUUGUCUUCCUUGGGGAGGCGCAGCAGGGCCAUUCUCCCCCGCGGGGCAGUCCUCAGCCGCCAUGGAUAUGUAUCAUGUUAUAUUGAGACAUCAUGAUGUCUAUUUGGUGAUCUAUUAUGAUAUUGAAAACCAGAUAUCACCCAGCCCUACCUGUAGUGUGAGUGUCAGUGGCAUGACUGCGAGUAGAGCUUCUCCUGCCACAUGGGCCAGGCAGCUGCAUAUGAUGAAAGGAGACCUGCAAAAGAGGUUGCUUCAGAUGUUUAACAGUCAAAGCAAUUUUAGAAGUCUAAAGGGGUCUUCAGAAGGACAAUAUGCAGGGUUGCAACAUGAUUGCUGAUGGCUCACUUGCUGCUGAAGUUGGUCGUCGUCUUCUUUGAUUUACAUACAUGGUUUCUAACCCACAGCAAGUGCUGUCUGCAUGUUUUUGUGUAACCUUUCUUUACAACAGUGGGGUCUAGAAACUUCCUUUUAAGAACAGAAAGUUUCUGUUCUCGGAAUUCUGCUAGAGGCACUAGGAUCUUAAGCUUGAAGGGCUCAUUUCUGCUGCUUGGAGAUUGAUCCCCAAUAGAUCUGGCUCACCUUCCUCUCUCCUUUUUCAGGACCCUCUUUAAAGAAAGCAGGCGAGUGCAUGGUCACCUUACAUCAAUUCCGUGAGUAUCUGUCCGUGCUUGCAGCACAGGAAAUCUGCCCUGUGCUCCUGCUGUUUAGUCCUUGGUCACGUUUUGUCACUCAGAUGGCAACUGUGCACGUGGAUAUCCUCCAGCAUGGACAAACAUGAACUUCUGCAGGGCCUUCUGCCUUAUUGCUGUUUUUUAUUGGUGGAUCAGGCAUGAGAAAUGGUGGAAUAGCACUGCCAGCACAUCUUCAGUGGAAUAGCAAUGCUGGCAAAAUCAGAUAAAGUUUGAAGGAACAAUCUGGGAUCAGUAUGUGCUAUACUGCACAGCAGCAGGCAUCCUUGGCGAAUGUACAUGUGAAGCUGCCUUGUGCAGAGUCAGGUCACUGACCCACAUGGCCUAGUACUGUCUGCUCUGACUGGCAGCAGCUUUCCCACUGUUUCCCUCCCCCCCCCCCCCCCCCCCGCUAUGUGAGAUGCUUUUAACUGGAGAUCCCACAACUUAAAGGUGGGACCUGGCACAUGCCAACCAGGUCCUCUGCCACAGAACAACAGCUCAUCUUUAUAUGUGUCUGCACCACAAAAACACACAGCACUCCCCAAGGUUGUUCACCAUUUGAGCACAUGUAUCAGUUGUAACUGGUCCCCAGGGAUUGUCGUAGGCACUAGAAGGCUUAAGGUUCUCUAGCCAGGCUCCCCUGGCAGGUUACAUCAUGCUGACCUGGAAGUAAGAUAAUCUCUUCUCUUACUUGUGUUUCCCUAUAGAACAAAGAAGAAAGUCAUGGCACCUCCAAAGGUGAAAGGAAAGGUGAGCAGUUACACCUGGGCUCCUAUUAGCACUCAUCCCUGAUUGCGUCUUCUUGGGACAUAUGAGAAUAUGGGGAAGAUACAGUUGCUUCUUGUGUACUUUGAAACAGCUCUCCAGGACCCACUCCUAUGAGUUGUGCCCUGUGUUUACAUGGUGCUUUUCCAGAUUUGAUUGUCAAAGCAAUGUAAGCCCAGCUAGUUCCCUGCUAUGAUGGCCUUGGAGUCUAACAUUAGACUUUAAGCAUGUGUGUUUGGCAGGGGUAGAGGCAGACAACUAAGAAGAGUGAGGCCAAGGUCCAAGUGAACAAGAUGAGUGUAAGCCAAUGUAGUUACAGGAUGCUUAGGUACUGGCUUUGAGGGUUUUGAGCCAAAAACUUCAUGGAAAAGAGGUAUAGCAAAUUGGUAUCCUUUCUGGAUUAAUUGCCUUCAAGUAGGCUUUGUCCUGAUAGAAGAACUGAAGUAGUCUCUACAGCAUUCAGCACUACAACUGGAGGAAGUAUCACGUUCUAGGAAAAUGCAUGUCUAGCAGCAUCCAAAGCUCUCUCCAGAUGUUCAUAUUCCUGCAUUGCUUUUAAUUUUGCUGUUGAAAUUGCACAACUCGGGAAUGUAUGGUAUAAAGAACGCUGCCACUUUUAACUUAAUAGCAACCCCAUUUUAAUAUUCUCUUCCUGGUACCAAUUGUGCCUUUGCACAGCAUGUACACAGCUCCUUCUGUAAUCCAUUUUAUCUAGAGCCUUUGGCCAAGUAAUACUCCUUCAAUUUAAAAUGACUAAGAAAAAAAUAGCUGGGCAAAUAGCAUUAAGCCUACAACCUGUCUAAUCUCCCUUUCUGUCUUCCAGGAGUCGUCCUGUAAGCCAGAUAAGAAGUUGCCCCUUCCUAUGCCCUUGAUCCACUCAAGCAGCGGAGUUACGCUUUCUCCAGAGUCGCAGGGAGUUGCAGUUGGCCUCAGCCCUCAGACCAGGGAACUCUUGGCCAUGAGUUCAACCCCAACUCCCAGCAGCACAGCUGCUGCUCCUCCCACUUUCAGCAUGGACGACUCUCUGGAUGAAGACUUGAUCCACAAUGCUGCCUCAUCUUUGGAAGCUGUCUCCAAGGAACUGGCUGUUCUUAACAGCCGGACGGGGGGAAGCCCUGACUUCACCCUCCCUGCCACUCCAAAGGUGCCUUUGGAGAAACCCCCCGUUCAGACCACAUUGGAAGAGAAGAGGAGCUUCUCCAAGCCAAGCCCCUCACCUGCCCCAUCUCCAGCCGCCAGCUCUCUGCAGUCACCGCUCAACUUCCUGGCCGAACAGGCCUUGGCACUGGGCCAGUCUCCUCCGGACAAAAAGACUGAGAGCUCCAGCUACAGAGAACUCUCCUGCCAGGCUACCCCUGCAAAGACUCUGGAUGCCCACCAGUCUAAGCCGAAGCAUCACAGCCUGCCACGCACCGUUCAUGGGCCCCAGACCUCGACCCCAGUCCAAAUGCCCCAGGUGAAGGUGUUCACCCUGGCCUCCCAGCAGCGGAAAAACUUUUCCACAUCCCCUCCCUUUGUCAAGCUGCAGGGUCCCAAGAUCAUCUCCCCUUUGCCCCAGCGGCCUCCUCUCCAUCAGCAGGUCAAGACCCCCACCAAAUCGCCCGGUUUCCAUUCUUCUUCCUCCUCCUCCUCUUCGACCAUCUCCCCAGGGUCUGGCAGCGCCCACAAGACCCCCAAUUCCUCUUCUCUGACCCUGAGCUACACGGGGAAGCACCCCAGCACCCCUGGUUCCUUGGGGCAGUCGUUCAAGUCGCCUUUUGUGGCCUUGUCGCGUCACAUGGCAACUUCUUCCAGCGGCUCCACGUCCAGCAUAUCCACAAACCAAAUCUCCUCCUCCUCCUCCACGGGGAACCUGCUCCCAGGCACAUCGCUACCUUCUCCUGGGCAGGCUCCCAGUCGCUUGUCUCCAAGUUCCAUGGUGAAGAAGGCCCUGGUCUCCCAGAAGCUGACCUUGGUUGCUCCACCGGGGGGUCCGAAUGUCAGUUCAAGCGGAGGGACGCAAGGAGUGGCCAAGUUGCUGACCUCUUCUUUGAAGCCCGCUGUAGUUAGCAGCACUGCAACCUCAACACCUGUGCCGGUAAGUGGUCCCUCCCAGAGGCCUGAUGUCAGCUGACUAAGUUCCUUUUUCUUUUGCCCUGUGAACUUCCCUGUCUACCUUGAUUUGGCUGCUGCUGCUACUCUUUAACUCACUGUUACCAACUCAUGCCAGCAAGAGCCAGUGUGGCGCAGUGGUGCAAUGUGGUGCAACCUGGGAGAUAAGGAUUCAAAUCCUCACUUGGCUACCAAGAUCACUGGGUGACUUUCGGCCAGUCGCUUACCUGUCAGUCUCAGCCUGACCUACCUCAUUGAUUGGUGGCUAGGAUAAAAUAAAGGCAGAAGAACCAUGUGUGCUGUCUUCAGCUCCUUGGGAGGAAAGGUGAGAUGUAAAUAUAGCCAAUAAAUAAAUGUUCUCUUUCCUUCAGGAGACGUGUUGCAAGGCUGUCCACCCCCUCAAAAUCUGGAAAGUGAUUGCUAGAGCUUUGGGCCUGGCACAGUUCUGAGGGACUUGCACCAGGUGGCAUUGGGUGGGAGAAAACAGCUUCUCUUAGCUAUCGGCAGUAAUUUCUGGAGGCAAGGGAACUUUCUUUCCUGGAAAGAUUGAAACCCAUCAAUUGAAUUCUGAGGUUGUGCAUGAGCCUCUGUGUCACAUGCUUCCAUGACGGAUGACAGUGGACCGUUUCUCUGCUCUUCUGAUGGUUGCUUUCUUUCUCCUUCCCAGAAAGGAGCCAGCGGAGCAGUCCUGCUUACCAGUUCAUCUUCCUUGAACGUCCUGUCUCCUGCUUACAAGCCCGGCAACCCGAAGCUGCCAGCACCAGCCCUGAGUUCCACCCCGCUAGGAAUUAUCUCUCCAAUCCAUUCCUUCCCUCUUCAUGUGAUUUCCUUCAGCUCUGAAUCAUCCCCCAAGUCAGGGGUGUCGAAGGACGCCAUUGUCACAGGACCGGCCCCGGGGACUUUCCAUCAUGGCCUUGGCCACAGUAAGUGUUUGAGAGGGAAAUAGGGGCCCGCACUCCAGGGAAACAGCCGUUGUGAGCCCUGGAGGGCUUAAUUUGGCCCUCAGGCCAGAGUUUCCACACCCAUGCGUUUAAUGGUCUGGGCCUACCAGGGUAUGGGAAGGCCCACUUGCUUCCAUGUGAAGCUGCCCGAUCCUUGAGGUCUUCCUCAAUGGCUCAGCUCAGGGUGCCUCUUAGGAUGGGGUAGCCUACCAGGAAGAGGUAGCCUUUCCUUUGGUGGUGGAACUGCCUCCUAUUCCUCAUCAGCUAUUGCCUGUGCCUGCAUUUAGGUGUCAGGUAAAACAGCCUUGUCUGUUCAGUCACUCAGUAGCUUUGAAUUUACUGGAUCAACAUAAUCUGCUGUUUUUUUAUUUGCUAGAUGUCUAUGCCUUUGUUGUAUUAUAGUGCAAUUUUGGAGCUCGUGCUGUGAGCUGAGUUGGAAUCUACAGUUGUGCUGUGGGGUGUAAAUAAUUUUAAAGAAAGAUGUGGGAAAUGGGAAAGCAGCAGGAAUGGCUUGCCCUGGGCAACAGUAGAGGUCCGACUGCCCCUGUGACCUAUUCCAUGAUGGCUUGGUAUGUGUGAAUCAUAUUUGUGAAUUUGCCAUCACAAAUCUAUAUUUUAUAUCCCUCACAUUGCCCUGGAUCAGUUGCUUUUCAGUAGAGUCAGUUCAUGCAUUGGGCUGCCAGUAAUGCACAGGAAUUAUUAACCCACUCUUGGUUUGCAGGGGCUCCUCUGAAUGUCAAGCUCCACAACCAGCACUGGUUGGACAAGCCAGGCUUCUUUCCUCUUUUCCCCAACAAGUCUCAGCUCGAACUGAAUUGUGCUUUGUAGCCCAUCAGCUGAACUAGUUCCACCUGAUUGUUGGCUGCAGAACUUGACAGACAUUGGGGAGGGAGGGGCCGCUCUUCUUCAUUAGAAUCCACCAGCAGACAUCUUCUUCUCUGCUUGUUUCUGUCUUCAACAUACAUUUGUUUCUCCUUUAUUCCAUCCUCCUCCUCCUUUUUCUCUCCUUUCUUUCUCUUUCUCUCCUCUUCCCCAUUUUCUAGGUCUUUUGGCUGGCUUGCCCUCCAGCCUGCGCCAGGCAGCGCCCCUCCCACUCUCAGUGCUGCCUGCCCAUUUAGCACACAGCCUGCCAGGUAACUCCUCUGCUGCUGCUGCUGCUGCUGUUGUUGUUUGUCUUCUGCACUCGUGAGUCACCCCGCAGGUGCCCUCCUGCUUUGCAGCAAGAGAGCCGCCACCCUUGCCAUUGACUCCAGGUUCACAACUCCCGUGGCUUAGGAAACCUCUGUAAAGCCCAGGAUGCUCUAAUGCCAUCCAUUUCUUUUAUUUUGUAAAGAACAUAUUUUAUUCCAAUUUCAAACAAUUUUAUUUCAGGAGAAAGAUAUGAAAAUAAUUAUUGAAGCUGUGCUGGAACACAGGAAGCUUAAAUAACCCUUCCCCUUAAAUAUUAGGAAGCUGUCUUAAACAGAAUCAGAUCAUUGGUCUGUCUAGCUCAGUAUUGUCUGCACUGACUGGCCAUGGCUCUCCCAGGUUUCAGGCAGGGUUCUCCCCCCACCCCUGCCUGAAGAUGCCAGGAUUGAACCCGAGGUCUUCUGCAUGCAAGGUAGAUGCUCUGCCACCAAACUUCAUGCAGCUGCUUUCUCAGAAAAGCCGCAGGUUACAAUUUUACCCCCCCCCCCGGCCUUUCUUUCUGUGAAACACUGACAUGUGGAUUAACUGUUGCCCACAAGUCACAAAUACAGGGCUGGCUUUUAACAUGAGUGGCUACCCCAUGCUUGUCUGCUGUAUGUGGCCCCCAAGAUAUUUUCAGUGGCCCAUGGAGAACUCGCAACAUUUGACACUUUUCAAGGUGGGGGACUUAGUUUCCGCAGGUCUUGCAAUCUUGCCUCAAUGAGAGUUUUAAAUGUUUUCAAAGGAUUUCCUUUAAGUGUUCCUCAAACGUCCACCUUGUUUUUGAGCUGCAAACGUCUGUGUUCACUGGGCUUCUUGAGCCCUCAUCAAUCCUAAUGUCUUUAUUUCCGGUAACACUGACGCUCUAACUGCCAAAGGGGAGCUGGUCUUGACUGAUCAGUCCCAAGAGCUGUUGAAAGCCUUGCAGCAUUAAGUGGGAAGAAGCAUCACAGCUGCACUUUAACCCAGCAGUAAAUUGAGUGGUGAGCACUAAAUGAGCUAGCGGGGAGCAGAAACAGAGAGGAAAGAAAGAGGGGGAGUUCUUCAUGACGGGGAAAGGGAGUAAUUAAUGUGGAGGUCAAUAAAGUAACUUAGGGAGUGGGAGCAUAAAUUGUUUCAUUUGAGAAUGAUUUCUAAGGAAAUGAAUGGAGAGGAAGCAAGAAGGUUGGUGUAGGAAGUUCUUCAAGUAGGCUUUAAUGUUUUUAGUUGGAAGACAAGGAAUUACAUUUGUGGGUAGGGAGAGGAAGAAGGAAGCAUUAAUUCCAUUAAUAAUAGUUCCUUGACAUGCUGGUUGUGGCCUCCACCUUACGUAUCACUGAUAUAUUUCUUUUUUUAAAAAAGAAAGAAAGAAAGAAAGAAAUACAAAUAAGGUUUCUCUUUUUCUCCCAUUCCCAUUUUGGCAUGUAUCCCUUGGAGGAUUGGCUGUGGCUCAGUGCAGCCCUCUGCUCGGAAAAGGUUCAGCAACCUGUUUUCUAAAGCCUUGAAACAAGACAUGGAUGCUCCUGGCUGCACUAGGUGUUUAGAGGAACUAUAUGGCAGUUGGCAGCCUCUUGUUAAACUUUCAACAUAGAAGUCACUUGGGGAUGUGUUUUUUUCCCAUUUAGGAGGUCGUUUCUGUAGGUUGCCCAAUCUCUCUGAAAGUACAGAACAUGGUGCCAUGGCAACUUGGUUGCUUCUCCUGCCCCCCCUCCCUGCUAAUUAAUUUAUUGCUUGUUUUUAUUGCAAAGUUGUUGCUAAUAACUUGUGGUGAUGCUGCUGCUGCUGCUACUUCUGUUUGUUGCGGAGGGGGGGUUGUGCUGCUGUGUUGUGUAUCCUAAACGUAAUUUUAAAUUGCGAUGUUUUAAUUGAUUUGGAUCUUGUGGAGAACAUAGGAAGCUGCCUUCGUUCACAGUCAGACCAUUGGUCUACACUGGCGGGCAGAGGCUCUUCAAAGUUUCAGGAGAAGUUGGUGAUUGAGGCUGGAACUUUCUGCAUGCAAAGCAGAUGCCCUGCUAAUGAGCUCCAACCCUUCAUUCACUGCCUUGGGUAUCUGACAUACUCAGAGUGUAAAAAUAGCAUUUACAUUGCUUAGAAACACUUCACUGCAUAGUAACAAUACUUCAGAUAACAGCACAGAGUGCAGUUAUUAUUAGCUUUUCUUCAAAAGCUCAAAACACUCGGGGUGGCUGAAUUUCAGCAAAUCCUUAGCCAGGCCUUGAGGAACUUCCUCAAGUAGCAGGGUUGCUACUUCGUUGUUUUUUACUCGGAGUAAAAAUAUUCCUCUCUUGGAAGACCCACAUUCAGGAACCCUUUCCCAAAGGAAAUCCACCUCAUUGCUUUCCAGUGGCCAGGGGAAUAGCAUGUAUUGGUGCAGGAGCUUUUGAGGUCUCCUGGAUGCGAUUGGAUGGGUAGAUAGCUGAAGCUUUGUAAGCUGACCUUGAGGAAACAUUCUUUGGAAUAUGUUCCAGAGCCGGGGUAGGUGAACUGUGGCCCCCUAGAUGUUCCAGGACCCUAACUCCCACCAUCCCUGACUAUGAGCCUUGCUGGCUGGGUUUGAUGAAAAUUUGAGUCCAGCAACCUCCAUCCCUCCUCCAGAGGAUGGGUUUUGCUGUCUUGCUUGAGGUCUACAGGCGGAACUUUGCAGGUGUGCAUCACACAGAGUGCUGUGCCAAAUAGCAACCUGCAAAGGAGCUGCCACAGGGAGAACUCUCUCUUUUUGCCUCCGCUGCUCUGCUUUUGUCUUAGUCCUACACCUAUAGUGCAACAUGGUCAUAGAAUGGACUGUUAGUGCUUGGCACAUUUAAAUUUUAUUUUUUAAAGCAUUUAUUGAAGAGGGGUUGUAGCCUCCCUGUUGUGUGAAAGGGUUUGCUUUUACUUAGCACAGUAUGCCAUUCAUUCACCUGUAUAAGGAGUACAGUGCAUUGUACCAUCCUGGAACUCUACAGAUUUUGUCACCACAUUUUGCUGCAUGUUUAAGACAAAUCAUCCAUAACUCAUCAGUACUAGAUUACACCAGUGAUGCACUAUUGUGAACCAGGCUUACUCACCAACCAUACGUGAUAUCAAGAAGAGUCUUGGGUGUGUUUUUGCCUGCCCACAAGACCAAGGAUGAGAGAGAACUUAGCUAGGGGAACCUAAACCUUUGUUGUGCACAUUCAUUAGAGCAUGGGAACAUGGGUACCAUGUGUUCCUUCUUCCCUCCUAUCCGUCUUCCUCUUCUUUGGUCCCUGCCAAAUGCUUGAGAAAGCCUUACUGUCCCAUGAUGCAGUACAAAGGACAGCAAGGCCCAAGCUGUAAUCAUUUGAGGAUCCAAUUCUGUUUACAGAACUUCAGUUUUUCAGUCACAGGUUUUUUUCAGACUGCAGUGAUCAUCCCUUCCUGUCUGUCAAUGUCUCUAUUACUUAAACUCUUUAGUAGCUUAUGGCUAGUAACACUUGCUAAUCAUUUGGUAAACUAAAUGUUUGGAGCUUCCACUGCUGGGGCGGGGACAGUAAUAGUUCUUCUUUUGCAUCUCUUUCAGAUACAUCUCAGCUGCAUGGUAAAGGGUCCAAUGUACAGCCACGGAAAUUGUGACAGUUCGAAAGUUGAGGACAUGACAAGCCCUGAUAGGGACUUGCAGAAUGAAGCCAUGGACGCAAGGUGCCCUUUCUCCCCACCCCCUGUUCCUUUUUGAAUGGAGUUGAUCUGGAGGUUCCUUCCCUGUUUGGACCAGUCCCUUUCCACAGGGAUCUGUGCCUCGCACUAAGAAAGGAAGCACUUAACUGGUGCCGUUCUGGCAGCUGCCGUGGCUUCACAUACUUCAGGCACCUGAGUGGGAGGGAGAGAUGCAGGCAGGGCUCUAGAAGCUGAGCACGACAACCCAAGCCCUUCUUUUCACAUACCUCUGAAUCCAGUUGUUUCUCACUCCUUGAUUUUCCAGUGGACUAUGUGAAGGUGCUUGAACAUUCCUGCUUUGGGUUUACUUGGCUGGCUUAAGCUAAUCAAAGAGUGACAGUCACAAGUGGUUCCUCCCCCCCCCCCUUUAUGGUACCUGUAAUAAAGCUAUGCUGACGUCAACCAAGAAGACCCACCUUCAUCUGUGGCAUCUUUUGUAAAGUCAAUCAGCUCAUUGGUCUUCUCAGAAGGACAGAGACUUGUGAGGCCUUGAGAUGCAUUCAUGAACAUUGGCAUUCUGAUCUUUUUGUGUUGCUUCUCUGCCUUUUAUUUUCUGGUAUGGUCAAUCCUGCCCUCUUCCCUGCCCUGUCAUUACCACUGAAUGCAUAGGAUUGGACAAGUCCCCUUUCUUUCCCAGCAUGUCAUUGUGUAUAGCAAAGCCGUAAUUCCAGUGCCUUUUAUGGUGGAGCAAGAGUGCAAAACAUUUCAAGCUCUUUUUGUGUGGGCUCUCUCUUUUGUUGUUGUUUCCCCCCCUCAAAAAUUCUUAGCUGUAUUUAAGACGUGUUGGGCUUUAUUUGAUAAGAGCUUUUUUUUCUGGAGUUAUACACUGCUUUCUGGACUUGACCUUGUGGAGUUGCCUAGUGCCAAGCAGAGUACAAAAUAGAUAUUGAUCAGUAGGUGUGGAGUAUGUGGACCUGAGUUUCCCCAAAAGCAGGGAUGGGGAACCUGUAGUCUUCCUGAAGAUGAUGGACUGCAAACCCAUCGUUCAUGACCAUUGGCUAUCCUGGUUGGGGCUGAUGGGAGUGGGAGGGCCACAGAUACACCAUCCCUGCCCUAAAGCUGUUUUUCCCGGGCUCAGAUUUCAGCAGGUGUUCUGUAAGCAAGGUGAGAUCUAGAGCUCUACUUUUGCUCUACUGGAGGAAAGAGUUCUACAUACCGGUGCACAGAGACAUGGGUGUGUGGAGCUGGCCCUCUGUAGGACUGCUGGGUUGUGGACCAUUAUCUAUUUGGAGAUGCUGUUCUAGCACCAGCAUGAUAAUGGAACCAUUGUAUUCUGGUGACAGGGCAGUUCCCUCUGAGAACCUUUCCUGUGCAAUCACUGGAAAUUGGGCUUGACCCUCUUCAUUUAAGAGCUUGCUCAGGCUUUGCUAAGAAUCUUGGUGGCUAAGCUCUUUUGUGGAGGUCUGGGGAGUAGUGUAGGCUCAUCAGGGCCAGCGCCAACCCCACCAGUGCUCUUUGCUGGAAAGUGAAAGUGGUUGUGCAUCAGAGCUGUCAUAAAUCCCUUGCUUUGAGGAGGUGACUGACAGCUCAGUUGGUCAGUGGGUAAUUUGUGUAAGAGAACCAAGAAGGGGUGGGGGCUGAAGGACUAACUAAACCUUCCCCCUCUUCACUUGACCUUUUUGUCCCAGUAUGCUGCUUGCCCUGGGGAGAAAAGAGGUUAUGAAACACAUUGCCACAAAGAGGGGCACAUAUGGCAAUCCCUUUGAAAAGAGGCUUGCUGAAACAAGCAGCCUCUUCUGUUCCUGGAAGGCCAUAGACCAGGUUCGGUCCAGUGGCUUGCAAACAAAAACUGUUCAUAAUAAACCACAUGGCUCCUCAGGGUACUCCCUUCCCUUCAGAGCCCUACAUUGGAUGGGUCUUCCUUGGUAUCAGAAAGCUCUUGAUCCUCUAAGUGGUGUGAGCCCCAUUGUUUUUAAAAAAAGAGAAAGAAAAUAAAUCACAAUGAGUUCUGCUUGGAUUAUGACCAAAUUUGGAGCCAACUUCAUUCCUUCAACAUGCCUGUUUUGAAGUCCAAGUAAAUACGGACAUAAACCCUAAUUAAUUUGUACAUCUCCCCAACAAAAUGAAUUGGAUUAUGUCAAGCUUAUUUAUGAAAAUAUAUCCAUUAUUUCCAUGAGAAAGUAAGAAUAAUAAAAACUCUAGGUUGUAGUAAAAGAGCCAAAGACCAAAUGUUAAGGUUGCCAGUUUUGAAGCACAGACAUUUGUAAUAGAUGGGCGUGUUUUUUGUUUUUGCUUUUUCUGGUCAGGCCUCAAUCCUGCUGGGUGCUAAUUACCUCUUGUGAGAACUGUUUUAUCAUUUCGACAGGAUUGAGGCCUUCUUGAGCUACUUGCAAUUCCCCUCUUGUUGCUCUCCCUUGAAAGCUUCUGUUGUCAAAAGCUACCUGUGCAUUUGCAGUGGCUGGAGCAGAAACUUCUUGUUUUAGAAAGAAAUCUCAUGAAGCCUCUUGCCUCAGGGAAAUGUUAUUUCUUCCCCCUCCUCCUUCCCCGCCUUUUCUUUUGCAUUGAACAGUGAGAGAACUUAAUCAAACAGAGCCAUGGCAGGGCAGGGUCUAUCAGCGUUUGGUUGGGACAAGAACAAGAGCACUGGGGUCUCUCUCUCUCUCUCUCUCUGCCUUGGCUUUGACCCUUUUGGGAGAUUUUUGUUUAUGGUGGGCAUGUGCACCACCAGAUGGCACUUAAAAACUUAGAAAAGCAGCUUCUUUGAGUGUGGGAAGAGCUGCAAUUUAUUUUUGUGUGUGUUGUGGGUGGGUGGGUGGGGGCAGGGGCCUUUCUAGGUAAUGAGGAAGAUGGAGGAGACGUUUAAAAUGGCUAAUCUUGUAUACAGCAGCUGAAUAAAAUUGUUUUCCAGUUUC